UGGUUAUCAACAUCCUUCAAUUCUCCCAUUAAAUCAUCCUCACCAUUUUUUAAUACUUUCGGGACCACUCCACACUAAUUUGUACCCUCCUCCACCCUAUUACCUCCUCCUUAAUCACAAUUAACUUCGCUAAUCUCACUUCCCAUCUCUAUUAAAACAUAUUAAGUGUAGCAGUUCAAUUGUCAUGACUCACCACCUAUCACCAUUAUACAACAUUCCCCAUUAAUAUCACAUUAUUUAAUAUUUUCUACGUAUCCACAUUAUAUUGUAAACCAUCUUUUAUCAAGACGAUAUAUGAAUGAAUAAAGGAGGAAUUUUUCGAGAGUAUAUAGAUAUCGCCACAUAAACGUGCCAAAGCCGAACACUUAAACAAAAGAAGUUUUGCUGGGGUUCUUUAGUCUUUAGCUUUAGGCUUGAGUAUUUUUUUGGGUUAUCUUUUAACCUGGGUUUUGUUCAACAAAGCGGACUAGCAACAAUUUGCUUCAAUUUCUCUUCUAUCUUAGCUUUAAACUCAACAUUAUUAUAUCUUAAAGUAUUUUUUUCUGGGUUUUUCAUCAAUUAAUACUCCACAUUAUUACUAUAAAUAUUCAAAAUCAUAAAAAUAAAUUUCUAUUUUGGGUUGUUAUAGAAAAAUUGAUUACAAUGAAGAAGAAAAUGAUGAUGUUGUUAAUAGUGGUUUGUUUGGGUGUUGUUACUACGACGUCGUUUGCUGCUGCGAGUAAUGUGACGUAUGAUCAUCGAGCUUUAGUCAUUGAUGGCAAACGCCGUGUUCUUGUGUCUGGGUCCAUUCAUUACCCUCGUAGCACACCCGAGAUGUGGCCAGACCUCAUUCAAAAAUCAAAGGAUGGAGGACUAGAUAUACUUGAAACUUAUGUUUUUUGGAAUUUGCAUGAGCCAGUUCGAGGCCAGUAUGAUUUUUCUGAUAGAAAAGAUCUAGUCAAGUUUGUCAAAUUAGUUGGUGAAGCUGGGCUUUAUGUUCAUCUUCGGAUUGGACCAUAUGUUUGCGCUGAAUGGAAUUAUGGUGGGUUUCCUCUUUGGUUGCAUUUUAUUCCUGGGAUCAAAUUUCGGACCGAUAAUGAGCCAUUCAAGGACGAGAUGAAGCGAUUCACCACCUAUAUUGUGGAUUUGAUGAAGAAAAAUGACCUAUAUGCUUCACAAGGAGGACCCAUAAUCUUGUCCCAGAUUGAAAACGAGUACGGAAAUAUUGAUGCAGCGUAUGGAUCGGCUGGAAAAUCUUACAUUAAGUGGGCAGCAAACAUGGCGGUGUCUUUGGAUACUGGGGUGCCAUGGGUUAUGUGCCAACAGUCAGAUGCCCCUGCUCCUAUUAUCAACACGUGUAACGGAUUUUACUGCGAUCAGUUUACACCAAACUCCAACCAAUCACCAAAAUUAUGGACAGAAAAUUGGAGUGGAUGGUUUACUUCUUUUGGUGGUAAGAUACCUUAUCGACCUGUUGAAGACCUAGCUUUUGCAGUAGCACGCUUUUAUCAACGAGGGGGAUCGAUGCAAAACUAUUACAUGUACCAUGGAGGAACCAACUUUGACCGCACUUCUGGUGGACCAUUCAUUACUACCACUUAUGAUUAUGAUGCUCCAAUCGAUGAGUACGGCAUUAUUAGGCAGCCAAAAUGGGGCCACCUAAAAGAUGUGCAUAAGGCAAUAAAGCUCUGUGAGGCAGCAAUGGUGGCAACUGAUCCCACAUACCCUUCUCUAGGUGCAAAUUUGGAGGCCACGGUAUACAAAACACAAUCAGGAUUGUGUUCCGCAUUUCUGGCCAAUACGGAUACGCAUUCUGAUGCAACAGUGAAAUUCAAUGGCAACUCAUAUCACUUACCUGCAUGGUCAGUGAGCAUCUUGCCUGACUGCAAAAAUGUGGUGCUCAAUACUGCAAAGAUAAAUUCUAUGGCCAUGCUUCCCAAAUUUAUUCCUCAAUCUCUAAAAUACAACCUUGAUUCUUCUGGAGAUAUCCAGUCAACAUGGAGUUGGUUUCGAGAACCAGUAGGUAUAUCAAAGACGCAAGCCUUUGUAAAAUCUGGCCUACUGGAGCAAAUAAAUACUACAGCUGACAAAAGUGACUACUUGUGGUAUUCAUCAAGUAUUACUAUCGAAGGUGAUGAACCAUACCUUCAGAAUGGAUCUCAGACUGUUCUUCAUAUUCAAUCACUUGGUCAUGGCCUUCACGCUUUCAUUAACGGGAAGCUUGCAGCUACCAGAUAUUCCCCGACAGGAGAUCAUAAGAUUUCAGUGGACAUUCCUGCAACACUUAACACAGGAAAGAACGCAAUUGAUCUCCUAAGCUUGACUGUGGGACUUGCGAAUUAUGGAGCAUUUUUUGAUUUAGCGGGUGCUGGUGUUACUGGUCCUGCAUUGCUUAGAAGCUCUAACGGUGGCCUUACUGUAGAUCUCUCUUCUCAACCAUGGACAUAUCAGGUUGGACUGAAAGGUGAAGACUUAGAUUUAGCCAGUGGAGGUUCCUGUAAUUGGGAUUCAUCUGCCUUCCCUAAGAACCAGCCCCUAACGUGGUACAAGACAUCGUUCAAUGCUCCUGAUGGGAAUGACCCACUUGCUCUGGACUUCACCGGGAUGGGAAAAGGUGAGGCAUGGGUGAAUGGGCAAAGCAUAGGACGCUAUUGGCCAACUUUGAGUUCGCCAAGUGGUGGUUGCAGUGACCAUUGUGAUUACAGAGGACCUUAUAAAUCGGACAAAUGUCUCAAAAAUUGUGGAAAACCGCCCCAGCAAUUGUAUCAUGUACCUCGUUCAUGGGUGAAACCGAGUGGCAAUGUUCUUGUGGUGUUUGAAGAGAUUGGCGGAGAUCCCACAAAGAUUUCUAUCGCCACUAAGCAAGUCGGGAGCAUGUGCUCACAUGUAUCAGAGACUCAUCCAGCACCUGUUGAUAUGUGGAAUACAGAUCAAACAGACAAGAAAUUAGGGCCUAUGCUUUUGCUAGAGUGCCCUGCACCACAUCAAGUUAUUUCUUCAAUCAAAUUUGCAAGCUUUGGUACUCCUCAAGGUUCUUGUGGGAGUUAUACACAUGGUAAAUGCAGGAGCUUCCAAGCACUGCCAAUUGUGAAGAAGGCUUGUGUUGGAGCUCGCAGUUGCAAGAUUGGAGUGUCCAUCGACACAUUUGGCGAUCCAUGUAGUGGAGUGAAGAAAAGUUUAGCUGUAGAGGCUAUUUGUGGAUAGUUCGCUAGUACCUUACCAAUUUAUGAGGAUUGAAGCACAAGCAUCAUCCUCUUAUACAUUGUUAAAUAAUGACUUCCAUUUUUACAUUCUUUCACAUUAUUUUCAAAUGGGACGUAAAGCCAGUAAUGAAACCAAAAACGGUUUGAAGAUGUUAGUGAUAUUUCAACAUCUUAAUCAAGUGAUCA